CACACACACACACAUGAUGGACAUAAUGUACACUGAAAGAGAGAUCAGCAGGUUAGAAGCAGACUAGGAGGAAACCAUGGCUGAACUGCUCAUCUUGGAUGCUGUCCUGUUCGGCAUCCUGGUCUUCUCUGGAAUUCUGGGGAAUAUCAUGGUCAUCUACACGGUGGUACUGUGCACCGUGGAGAAUCACGCCCAUCACAUGCCUCCAUCCGACCUGAUCCUGCUCAAUCUGUCACUAGCUAACCUGCUGACGUCGCUGUUCCGCACCGUGCCCAUCUUCAUCUCAGACCUGGGCCUGGAAGUGUCUCUGGAGACAAACUGGUGCAGAUUAUUCAUGCUGCUGUGGGUGUGGUGGCGCUCUGUGGGCAGCUGGGCCACACUGGCACUUAGCAUCUUUCAUUACACCACGCUGACACGAAAACACGUAGCCAUGGGGCCCAUGGCGCAACAAAGGGACCGGAGACACGUCAUUCUGGCGCUGGCGUUUGUCUGGGGCGGUAACCUGUUGUUUUCUUUACCUGCUGCCAUCUACACGAGACAUGUCCGCGAUAACAUCACAUCAGAAGUGAUGGUGAUCAGCUGCAGCACACGUCCUCUGCUCGGCUGCAUGUGGGAGUUCCCGUCCAAACAGCAGGGCACGGCCUUCGCCUCCACCUCGCUCGCUCUCAACGAGGUGCUGCCCCUGCUGCUGAUGGUGAGCACUAACUUGGCCACGCUCCGAGCUCUGGCUAAACACAUCCGCAUGGUGACGGCGGGUCUGGAGAACUCGGCGGCUCACGUGCAGACGGAGCGGAAGGCGGGUCAGGUGAUCAUGAUGCUUGUGGCUCUGUUUGUGGUGUGCUGGGUGAUGCAGGUGGCCGCUGUGACGUAUUACAACUAUGACGGUGGUGCGCAUACAGAAGGCCUGCUAACAGUCUCACAGUUCUCCGCCUCUGUCUUUGUGGGCUUCAGCCCCAUGGUGGUGGCACUUGGACAUGGCAAACUACGCAAAAGGAUCGUGGUCAUGAUGCAGGAGCUGGCCGUCCGAGCAGGCUGCAGAACCACCAGGAGAGACACUGACAAGAAGCCUAGAAUGCUGGAGAGUACCACUGUCUCAUACAAACACGAGACACAGACAAAGUGACAGUGUGACUAUGAUGUGAAUACUGACUGCCAGGAACGCUACCAAAGAUAUUUCACAAACUGGGAAAUGCACCCAUGGAGUAGAUUAUUAAUAUUGUUGGAAUUAUUAUUUUAAAAUGAAGCUAGCAAAUCAAAUCUGAAGCAAACAACAGUGGUGCAUUUUUCCAUUCGUUACAUCACACAGCGCCCCCUAGUGGUCAGUACAACACAUCAGCUACAGGAUGCUGCAAUAAUCUUGUAAUAAUCCACCUGCAGAAGUGCGUAGAUUUGGAUGUACAUAAGUAGAUCGAUUUGAAGAAAACACACACGUACAAGCAAAAAGUUUAUAGUGUGUCAAAAAUUAAGCUUAACAAAUAAAAGAGUGUGUGUGUGUGUAUAACAGAUCAGUCCUUUUAUUUAAUAGCACUAAGAAACACCUAACAUGAAGACCUGCUAACAAUCCAUCUCACAGUCUCAAAGUCUGCUUUAGUCUGCUUUAAUUGUUUGUGUUCAAACCUACAAAGUUCACAAUCAUCCAAUCAUCCAAUCAAAUAUUCCAAUUCUAUUACAAAUCUUAUAACACGUAUCAUUCACAACCCGACAUAUUGUUCCUAACCUUCAGUGAAAUGUCAUACACACAGCUUAGAGGGAAAGUUUGUACACCCUUAAGACAAAUAUUGAGGAAUGUAUUUUAUCCGUCCAGGUGUUUUAUUGAAUGCGUUCACAGAUGUAUCUUCAUUACCACAUCAAUAAAAAAAACCUUGUAUCUACAGUGAAUAAUUUAGAUCCUAUAAGAUCUGAAGUUUUUAUGAUCUAUGGUCUCUGUGAGAUCAUUUAGUUUGGGGUCGUGUUGCAGGAAAUGACGAAAGAAAGACACAUUUUCUGUAAUACACUGUGGAAGGUACAAGGGUUUGUGUAAUUGUGUGCUGAGACCACUGGGGUGCAGUGUGGGCAAAGUGACAACGAAAAAGUGAUCCAGUGUGUAUGAGUGAGAGAGAGAGAGAGAGAGAGAGAGAGAGAGAGAGAGAGAGAGAGAGAGAGAGAGGAGAGAGAGAGGGAGAGAGAGAGAGAGAGAGAGAGAGAGAG